GUCUGCAAGAAUUAUUACUCAGAGGCCUUUGUUUACGAGCCGACCAAGAAUCCAGCAGAGAAUUUAGAUUAUUUAAAAAAUCUUGUUCAAUUUGAAUGGAAUAUUGAUGAUUUCGAGACGUGUUUUUACAUUAUUCUCGAAUCAGGACCGCAUUUCACGUUCAUACAACGAAACUGUGUGAUAGAUAAUUGUAUUUCAGUGAAUACAAGUGAAUUGUGGAGAAAUUAACAUUCAUUAAAAGUGCCAUUAAAAAUGACACUAAUACAUGAAAGGAAAAAAGCAUAGUGGCAGGACAUGGAACUAUUUUCAGGAUCACUGAAAAACUGACACAAUAUCUCAGCUAUUUGCAGACUUGAUUCACAGACAUGAUUCCUCUUGGCCAGGGUAUCGAAGGGUUAAGUCCUCCUCCGUAUUGCAGAUGUCACCGAUUUAUUUUCUACCCGUUUAUUACAGAGCCUUCGUUUUGUCGAGUGACAUCAACAGACGCGGUAGUGACGUCAUCAGCGGAUUAUGAAACUCAACUGGCAACAAGUUUCGCCUAUCACCAGGACGACUCGAAAUUCCGAUUGAUGGAUUCAAACAUCACUCUCUGGCAGUUUCUGUUGGACCUCCUCGUCAGCAACAACCAUCAAGACAUCAUUCAAUGGACGAACAACGAUGGUGAAUUCAAACUGCUUAAUCCAGAGGAGGUCGCGAACUUGUGGGGGAAACGCAAGAACAAGUGUAACAUGAACUAUGACAAGCUGAGUCGAGCCCUUAGGUAUUAUUACGACAAGAAUAUUAUCAAGAAGGUCAUGGGACAGAAAUUCAUGUACAAGUUUGUGUCAUUCCCAGAAAUUGUGAAGACCACAACAAAAGUGCCUUUUAGGGAAAAGAUGGAAACCCUAGCUGAAGAGUAUGGACAAAAAGUGUUUCCACAUUUUGCAUCGUACAACGCUGCAAAUUUAAAAACGUCUGCUGACAAUGCCCUCGACUGGAUCAAGCGGGAAGAAAAUGGAGCAGACGAGAAUGAAAGUGUUUCAAAUCGUGUUCAAAAUGAGACAUCUAGGAGAAAUAUUACUCCCGAGUCGACAUUGUCGAGUAGACUUACCGUGACGUCAUCAACUUUAUUGUCGUCUGCAUUGAUAAACUCUAUUGCGCGUGCUGAAACCACCAGCGCGUUUUCUACCUCAACGGCAACUCACAGUAGAUUAGGAACAAAACUCAGUUCUAAACCGAAGCCAGUACCUUUAAUUCUGAACAUUUCUGCUACGCCGCCACCACCACCGCAGAUACCGCAGACGACAAUUACAGCGCCCUCUCCCGGACCAGUAUUAAGCCCGAGACUGUUCCAGCCACAAUUUAGCCUAAAUACCCCUUUCCUUAUGCCAAGCCCGAUGAUUUCAACCAUACCGCGCACUCCGCUAGGGCCCCUUCAUUUUUGGAGUUCAUUGAGCCCCAUAACGACAAUAAGCCCCCGGUUACCUAACAGUUCAACAGCCUUUCAUUUCCCUGUGAGUUCCACACAGCAGUUACCUCUCCCGAACUUCAGCGCCAUAGAAGGUCUGAAUUCCCCUCCUAUUGGCUCGCCUACGAAGAAAAUCCCCGUGAAGUGAGUUUGACAAUUAUGUGAUAUGUGAAAUAUAUUUUAUUAUUGUGCCUUAUAGUUGUGAAUAAUCAUACAUGUAUAUCUGUUCUGUAUCCCAUGGUGCUCUUCAAGAAAUUGUCAACCAACAUUUGGUUAGUUUAAAAUUUACCCUCGGGUUAUAACCUCACAGGAUAUAAAGCCUACAUCAAUAACUUAGUAGGACGAUUAACAAUCUAGCAGGAAACCAUGCAUUGAAAGAUAAUGUGUUCAUUGUGAUAACAGUCGAGCCCCGUUUGCCUCGAAUUCCUCGUUGGCUCGAGUUCCUCAUUGGCUCGAAUUCCUCGUUGCCUCGAAUUCUCAUUGGCUCGAACUAGUUACGGACUGAUUGCUUUACACUGAAGGUAAACAUCCGCUUGGCUCGAAUUUUCCGGGGCUCGAGGUUUUUUCGUCGGCCCAUGGGAGUUCGAGCCAAUGGGGUUCGACUGUACCAUCAUUUUUUAUAAAGGCAAUGUUUUUUUUUUCAAAUGUUUUCACCGCCUGUGAUUUUGAAAUUGGAUAAAGUUUCCGCCUUUGGGAAAAAAGCAAAAUCAUGUUAAAUUUCUAAUAUAUUAGCAGAUCAAUAUGUUUUGACUUCUAUGCAUAUAACAUACUGUAUUAAAGAUGGCCUUAUUAAGAUUUCGUUUAUUUUUUCAAGAAAAAAAAAUGCUUUUCUAUUUGUUACUGAAUUUGUGUUCAUUGAAUAAGGAAAAUAUUAUGAUCAUUUGAGGAAAACCGGCACUUUUUUGCAAGGGGAAACAGUCUUUAGAAGGCAGUAAAUUGCCCCAAUUGCCAGAAAUAUCAUUAAAAUGGUUAAUAUACAUAUUUAUAAAUACGUAUCUUUAGAAACAUAACGCCAGCGUUGUGGUGUAUGAUUACAAAACCAUUGAAACCAUUUUAUGCUGUUUAGUAUAGAAGUAUUUAACAUUUUGGGGAUAGUUGUGAUUCCCCCCCCCCCUCUGUUUUGAUGUGAGGGUGAUUUCCCUUGCUUAUAUGAUUUUUUGUAAGUCGAUAUGUUUGUAGAUAUUAAAGUGUCAAUUGGCGAAAUAAUGUUUUUAUAAAUGCUUCUCCAUUUGUUCAAUGCUGAAGGGACCAUCGCAUUUUCCCAUUAACGCAAAAAAACGUACGGUUUUAUAUUACCAUUUAGUUCGAAAUAAAAGCACCUUUUAAUGCAAAUGCAUAUCAUAUGUUUUCUCAACAUGUCAUUAUGUUCGAGUUAUCUUUUUUUAAAUGCAGGUACUUAUUGUACUUUCUAAAUUCUAUGUAUUUGAUUGCAUGAUAAAGUCCAUAUUAUUUCCCUUUGUCAUCUACAACUGUUCCAAGUGCUCCUUUGUUCAAAUUAUUUUAUUACCGAUGUUGUAUUAAAGCUGCACUCUCACAUAUUUACCGUUUUUCCAACUUUUUUUAAUUUUUGUCUUGGAAUAAGCAAUUUUUGCGUAAAUACCUGCAAACCAGUGGUGAAAGACUGCUGACAAAAGAUCAGAUCGCGGAUUUUCAUAUUCCAUUCCAAAUCUAAUGUUUUAUGGCUAAAACCGUUAAUAACGGUGAAAGAAAAAUGCAUAAAACAUCAAUUUUGGAGUUGAAAUAUGAAAAUCUGCGAUCUGAUUUUUUGUCAUCAGUUUCUUUUCACUGGUUUGCAGAAAUUUACGCUAAAAUGUGCUUGUUCCAAGACAACAAAAAAAUUGUUGUCAAAACGUUCAAUCUGUUUAAAAACAGACUACAUUUCAUUUAAGUUAUUAUUUGAAUAUGCUGACUAUAAAUACCAUGUUUAUGUUCAGAUGUAUGUUCAGAUGUAGUUUUGACACUUGGUAUCUUUCAAUUUUGAAGUUUGAUGUGAAAUUAAUAUUUUUCAUUAGAUAAAUAUUAAAUGUCAAUUUUUUACCAUUUUAUUGAGUUGAAAAUCGUAUGAAUAUAGAUCUUAAAGCUGCACUCUCAUAGAUUGACCGUUUUGAUAACGUUUUUUUAUUUAUUGUCUGGAAAUGAGCAAAUGUUUGCGUUUAUGUCUGGAACCCAGUGAUAUAAGACUGCUGACAAAAGAUUUUUCCGGCAGUUUUCCAAGCUAUUGAGAUCUGUUCUUUAGUAAGUAAUCAUAACUAAUUUGAAGACAUUAAUGCCAAACCAGCUGAUUCUAGGCAAAAAAUAAUGUAAAAGUCAAAACUGUCAAUCUGUGUGAGUGCAGCUUUAAUUUGUUAAUAAUGGGUGGAAUAUCUGAAAAACUGUGUAUACAUGAAAAUGUGCUGCACGCCCGGUGUUUAUAAUGAUUAUGUUUUGCAGAAAUCCAGUGUUCAAAAUGAGGGUGUAAUUUUGAACGUGGGUGUGUUGGUUGUAUAUUUCGUUGAAUAAUAUUGACGUACAUCAAUCUGUGAUGUUGAAAUACACUUGUACAUUUGUGACAUUGCUUGACGCCAUCAAAAAUAUGUUUAAACAUU